AUGAAUGAAAUCGUUGAAAUUUUGGUAGAUCAACCGAUCAAUAUUUCAACAAAAAUCGAGAAACUUUCGAAACGAAUAGGGUGUGAAUAUGAUAUUCAACGUAUUACUGAUCUGAGAAAUCAGAGCCUAGAUCAAAUUUCAAAUUCAAUCGAACAAAAAAUACAAUCAACUCAGAAUUUUUAUGCAUAUCUUUAUGACAUUCUAGCUAAUAUUCAAGAAGAUGUGCAAUAUAAUCGAGACAAGGCUGACUUGACUUUUGAAAAAACCAAUCAAGAGCUUGAUCACGAAUUACAAAAAAUUAAUAACGAAGAUCUUGAGACAGAACUAAACAGAGAUAUAUCCACCUAUAAAACAAAUAUGGAUACUGCUACAAAUCAUAUUUUUUUUACUCAACGCAAAAUAGAAGCAAUUAAUACUCAAAUAGAGAAUUCAUUUGAAGAUAUGGAAAGAUAUAAAGCAACAUCGCGGGAGUUACAAUCAAAAAUCAAGAAAAAACAGAAAGAAAUAAAUUUGUUUUUGAAAAAAAUGAAAAAUCGAAUCACAGAAUCUGUACAAACACAGAAGAAAUACAGUAAACAUGUAAUUUCCAAGAAGAUCGAUCUCCUCAGAAGAUCCAUUAUCGUUGAUCAACAACGAAUUCAAGAAUUAUCUAAACAAUUAGAAGAUAUUCAAAGGCAACGAGAUACAAAAUCUAUCUCUAUGACAGAACUUAUAGCAAUUAAAUCAGAGGUUAAGCAUUACAAAUCGAAAACCCAAAUCAAAAAAGAAAAAUUUCAGAAAUUUAAACCACCAAUCUCAGAAAUCGAGAAAGUUCGAACUGAAAAGCAACAAGUUAAAUCAAAAUUGCACGAAGAAACUACCAAAUACAAGAAACUCUUGAAAAAAGUUUCAAAUCUUUUAAAUGAAUCAAUAAAAAUCAAGAACCUUAUUAAAGAAGAAGAUUUUAAAUACGAAAAAGCCGUUGACGAAACUUUUGUGAUACCUCCGACCACGAAAAAAACAGUACAAACCAUUGUUAAUGAUCCAUCAGAUUUUCCACAACAAAACUACUUCGAUGGUGUUGAAUUCUUACAGGAUGAACUUCAAAAAGAUACAAACUCUCUCACAAACAUGAUAAAUCAAGUGAAACUUGAAAUAAAUAAUUUGAAAAUUGAAAUCAAUAAAGAAUCAUGCAAAAUCAUUGAAUCCAAACGAAACAAUGAUAUACCAACCCCAAGAAUAUCACCAGAACUGUAUCAAUUGCAAAUUGAAGAAAUUGAAUGGAAAAUUAAUUCCAGAAAAAAGAGUGUUUUAGAGAAAAGAGAAAGGGUUAAUGAACUAAGAAGGAAAGUUAAGAAGGCUGAACUCUCUCUUUUAACAUAUAAAUCAUGCAAUAACCAGUUUUCCACAAAAAUGUUGUUGGAUAUGAUUAAUCAGAUAGAGAACGAUCUUGAACAAUGGAGGAACAUAUCACAUAACUCCAUUUCAACUCUUCUUGUUGAAUAUAACAACAAUCUCUUUCUUCAAGAAAUUAAUUUUAUUUAA